GGCGUCUUGCGUUAGCGCGCGGAAGUGACGUCACUACGUCGCAGGGACGACGUCACUACCGCGCGCCACGCGGGGGGUCACACGCUCGGCUCCCAAAAUGGCGGCGGCAGCAGCGGGCAGCUGCCGGAAAUGUCUCAUUAGUGGCAUAUGGCUUAUGCCUAGAAGAUACCCAGUUCCUGCAGUCCACAGUGGUGCUGUGUACAGAACGAGCAGGCCUGUCUCUGAGAUCAACCAGUCUAGAUGUUACUCUUCAGGAGGAAGAAAAGGUUUUAUAUCAGGUUUUGUGGAGAACAUCAAACAAGAAUUAGCAAAAAACAAAGAGAUGAAAGAAAGUAUUAAAAAGUUCCGCGAUGAAGCUAAAAAGCUAGAGGAAUCUGAUGCACUUCGAGAAGCAAGGAGGAAAUAUAAAACCAUUGAAUCUGAAACAGUGAAGACCUCAGAAGUAAUUAAAAAGAAACUUGAAGAGAUAACUGGUACAGUUAAAGAGAGUUUGGAUGAAGUAAGUAAGAGUGAUAUUGGCCGGAAGAUAAAGGAAGGUGUGGAAGAAGCAGCAAAAACAGCAAAGCAGUCAGCAGAAUCAGUGACAAAAGGAGGAGAGAAAUUAGGCAAGACAGCAGCCUUCAAAGCUAUUUCUCAGGGAGUAGAAACUGUUAAGAAGGAAAUAGAUGAAAGUGUUUUAGGGCAGACUGGUCCUUACAAACGUCCGGAGCGUCUACGGAAAAGAACAGAAUUCUCAGGCGAGAGGAUUAAAGAGGAGCGAAUAUUUGAAGCUAAUGAGGAGGCCAUGGGUAUGGUGCUACACAAGGACUCAAGAUGGUAUCAGCAGUGGAAAGAUUUCAAGGACAACAACGUGGUCUUCAAUAGGUUCUUUGAAAUGAAAAUGAAAUAUGAUGAAAGCGAUAAUGCGUUCAUUCGAGCUUCCAGAGCUGUCACAGACAAAGUCACUGACUUGAUAGGUGGAUUGUUCUCAAAGACAGAAAUGUCAGAGGUUUUGACGGAGAUACUCAAAGUGGAUCCAUCCUUUGACAAAGAUCGUUUCUUAAAGCAAUGUGAGCGUGAUAUAAUUCCCAAUGUCUUGGAGGCUAUGAUAUCUGGAGAGCUUGAUAUCCUCAAAGAUUGGUGCUAUGAGGCAACUUACAGUCAGCUUGCUCAUCCAAUCCAGCAAGCCAAAGCCAUGGGUCUCCAGUUCCACUCCAGGAUUCUUGACGUAGACAACAUUGAUCUGGCCAUGGGAAAAAUGAUGGAGCAGGGACCAGUAUUAAUCAUCACUUUUCAAGCUCAGAUUGUGAUGGUAAUUAAAAACCAGAAAGGGGAGGUGGUAGAAGGUGACCCGGACAAGGUUCUGCGGAUGCUGUAUGUGUGGGCACUUUGCAGAGACCAGGAUGAGCUCAACCCCUACGCUGCGUGGAGGCUAUUGGACAUUUCCUCAUCGAGCUCCGAGCAAGUUCUCUGAGACGAAUUGCAUCCGAGAGCUUUCUGUCCCUCUCUCAAAGCAAUGCCAUCUCUGAACUUGCACCAGUUUACUGCAUGAUGCACUGUGGGGGAGGGGGGCUAGAGUGGUUCUUUUUCAGAAGAAUGGGCUAUUAGGUGUGCCAUCAUUAUACUGGUCCCCAUUAUGAACUGGACGAGUCUGACGUACCUGCCUUACGCUUUGCUGUGUAGUGAUUUGCACUGUAAGGAUGUAUGGUAGAUUGUAACUCGAAUGGUCUAAGACACUCGCAGCUGCUGUUGGCUCCUGUUUAAAUGGUGGGUGAAGGAGGAUGUCUGGGGCCCUGUACAUUGACCAGUGCUUCCAGUGAUGGGCAGAGGUGGAUACUGACGAGCAGCACAGUGAGAUGUGACAGGUCUAGUUCCAAUCCCCUGUCAUCCUCUGAUGGCCUUUCUUCAUCUCUGAGGAGAGCUUAGAGGUGCUCUUAAGGCACGUUGGUCUCAUACCAACUCGAGCCAAGAAGCCUUCUGUUGCUGCAGUGUCUUCACCAAAUCAAAUACAAUCACAUCUUUGCACAUGACUCUAUUGGAGUGGAACUGAGUGAGGAUGGAGAUGUUGGCAUCGUCAGAAAUAUGUGUCAAUAUAUGUCCACAGCUUUGCAGGGGGAAUGCUGCUGUUUCCUGUGUUUCUGUUCUAUUGCGUUAGCGGCUGCUGCUAAAUGGUACACAGCUGCAUUUCUCUGUGGGCUGAGGUGAUUACGUGGAGGAGACAGGCUCCAAAUGGCUGUAGGGAACCAGGCAGAGUGCUGAAAUGGUGACCAGGAAUAGGGUUGGACAGAACAGCAACAAAUGAGUAAGUAAACUUCAACAACAAGUAGAAUGUCACCACUUGUAGCUCAGAUGGUUACCAUGUGAGAUAGGAAAACAAGCCCCCUCCCACUUACGUGCUGCAUAAAAUGCAUUACAAGCACAGCUCUUCGCCAGACAGAUCUGUGCUUCAGAGGGACAGCACACCUGUUCUGGAGGUCAAGUAGCAGGGGGAAGAAAUGGGAAGGCAAGCUGCUGGCACGUGUGCAAGUACUCUUGGUUCUGAGCUUCUGCUGGAGACUCAGUUUGGGAGCUGACCUGGGGGCCAGUUCUUCAGCUGCCUUCUCUUAAUGGAAAGUGAUGUUGAUGGGAAAAGAAAAUGGACGUGGAACAGGAAAUCAAAGGUCUGAUCUGCUGCUGUGCUCUGUGUGCAAAACAGGGUGUUGCAGGACAGCACUUCCUUGACGUGGUUAUUAAAGAGAAUAGUUGCCAGUUG